AUGUCCACCAGUCGGAGAGAUGCAGAAAUAUCGCAGCCAUUGCUAGGCAAUCGACAUUCAAAUCAUGAAGAGUUGUUCUCUGCCGGACAUGACGAUCAUUUCGAUGAAGGUUCAUGGAGAGAUGAAACAAAUGGGCAGAUAGAGGCACAUUCUCCAUCGUUUGGCCCGCCAUUGCGGUCCACGCAACAGAGCAGAGAAGCAGAGUUCGAGCUUGAUGAAGACGAACUAGAUGAAGCCGCGCUCGAACAGUUAAACGUGUCCGCCGCCCAGCUAUCCACGAGACCAACUUUGCUCCGACAGAAUUCAGAGCAGAGAAUGCCCUUGCUGGUUGGCUUGUUGGACUCUGCGACGCAGCGAGCGCCGGCUACCACACAUGGAAUUGCUCUGAGUCGAAGAAGCGACGUCGAAGAAGGUCUGACCGUAGAUGGUGAUCUGGAAGAGAUUGCAAAGAAGAGAACUGGUGGUGGCGGAAUGCUUGAUUCGAUUGCAAACAUGGCAAACUCCAUCCUGGGCGCAGGAAUCAUUGGUCUACCGUAUGCCGUGAGCCAAGCUGGGUUUAUAUCUGGCGUAUUCCUACUCGUUGUCCUAUGCGGGGUGACAGAUUGGACGAUUCGGCUCAUCGUUAUAAAUGCAAAGAUGAGUGGGAGAAGCUCAUAUAUGGAUAUCAUGAGCCAUUGCUUUGGCUGGAUGGGGUGCGCGGCGGUUUCGCUCUUUCAGUUUUCCUUUGCUUUCGGCGGAAUGGCCGCCUUUUGUGUUAUUAUCGGCGACACAAUUCCACAUGUCGUGCGGUCUAUAUUCCCGGGACUUCAAGACUCGGCACUCAGUUUCCUUGUCUCGCGUCAAUUUCUCAUCAUCCUCUGCACAGUUUGCAUUUCGUAUCCCUUGUCGUUGUACCGUGACAUUUCGAAACUCGCUCGCGCAUCUGGAUUCGCCCUCAUAGGAAUGAUCAUCAUCGUCGUAUCAGUCAUUGUCGAAGGAGCCCAAGUACCCGAAGAGUUGCGAGGGUCUCCGGACAAACGUCUCACAUUCAUCAACUCUGGCAUCUUCCAAGCAAUAGGUGUCAUCUCGUUUGCCUUUGUAUGCCACCACAACUCACUGCUCAUCUAUGGAUCUCUCAACACUCCGACGUUGGAUCGAUUUGCGGCAGUCACACAUAUUUCGACCCUCCUUUCCCUCGUCGCGUGCUGCACUCUCGCCAUAUCAGCCUUUUGGGUUUUCACCGACAAGACCCAAGGAAAUAUUUUGAAUAAUUUUCCUCAAAAUGACACGUUUAUCAAUGUCGCCCGCUUUUGCUUUGGGAUGAACAUGUUCACGACUCUGCCACUGGAACUCUUUGUCUGCCGCGAGGUUAUUGAGCAAUAUUUCUUUGCAGACGCGGCAUGGAAUCGGCAGAGACACAUUAUCAUCACCACAACCGUCCUCUUUGGGGCCAUGUUGAUUUCGCUCACGACCUGCGACUUGGGCGUCGUUCUCGAAGUUGCUGGAGGCGUCGCUGCGACGGCAUUGGCAUUCAUCUUCCCGGCAGCGUGCUACUACAAACUCUUGCCGUCUUCCCAGCGCUGGAAUUCGAGAGCAAAGCUACCGGCGGUGCUUUGCGUUGGAUUUGGCCUGUUAGUCCUCGUUCUGAACCUGUUUAUAGCGAUAGGUCAUGCAUGGGGGAGUCACGAAGCCCCGAAGCAAUGCUACUGA